AAAUAUAGUGACAGAAAUCAAUAUAUUUCUAUUUAUAUACACUCAAUAUGUUGCGUAGGACUACCAGUAUUUUUAAUAUAAUAUCACCGAGAGGCUGUGGUAUUUUAAUUUUUAAAAGCCAUGCUCAUACUACUAGCACUGAAGCUAGUAGUCAAGCCGAAGAACCCAAGACAGAAUCUAAACGGUUGUCUGAAUUUAGGAAAAAAUUGAGAGAAACUACUCCAAUAAAUGAUCUUGGUGAGCAACCCGAAUUUGCUGCUAAUGAAAAAGAAGAUCCACUUCCAGCUUGGCCAGACAAUACCAAUCCACAUACAGGGGAGGUUGGAGGACCGAGGGGCCCAGAACCAACCAGAUAUGGAGACUGGGAAAGGAAAGGACGGGUAACAGAUUUUUAAACAAUGUGAUAUAGAUUAUAAUUUAUUGGCUAUUAGCAGAUUUUCCAACAGUUUUAGGCAUUUUUUUGUUAGUAGAAUCUUCUAAUUCUUUUGAUUUGUAAUAGUGGGGUGCAACCUCCAAUAACCACUUGCUUUCUAUUUCUGUAACUUGCCUCAUGAACUCUUUAGAUGUGAACACAAGCUCAUGAUAGAUGACCCAGCGGGGAAGCUCUUCAAAUAAUGCACUGUUCGGAUGAAUCAUAACUGUCUGAAAAAAUAGAAAGCAUAAUAUUUUAGUGUUCAU